GCGGCGGCGGGGGCGGCGGCGGGGGGUCGGCGUCGUCGGCGCGGGAGCAGGACCGGUUCCUGCCGAUCGCGAACGUGAGCCGGAUCAUGAAGAAGGCGCUGCCCGCGAACGCGAAGAUAUCGAAGGACGCGAAGGAGACGGUGCAGGAGUGCGUGUCGGAGUUCAUCAGCUUCGUGACCGGGGAGGCCUCCGACAAGUGCCAGCGCGAGAAGCGCAAGACCAUCAAUGGCGACGACCUCCUCUGGGCCAUGUCCACCCUCGGCUUCGAGGACUACGUCGAGCCCCUGAAGGUUUACCUCCACAAGUUUCGCGAGAUCGAGGGCGAGAGGCAAGGCACCGCCUCCGCAUCCGCCUCUGCCUCCGCCGCUCAGUCGCAUCAACUGUCGCCUAACGAAGCCAAUGUCGGUGGCGGUUACGGCGGCGGGGGGAUGUUCGCGGGCAGUGGAAUGAUGAUGAUGGGUCAACAACAUUUGUAUGGGUCUAACCCUGGAGCUCUGUAUCAUCAGCAUCAUGAUCAUCAGUUUAAUCAUUUGAUGGGUAUGAGUAUGGAUCAUGGAAAAAGUACACCGAGGGGAAGCGGUGGCGGCGGCGGCGGUGGCGGCGGAUUCGGCGGCGGAAGUUCGGGUUCUUCAGGGAGCAAUAUUGGAAGGCAAGGUGGGGUAUGAUGAUUAAUUUUAGUUAUUAAUUGUAGUUUUUAUUAUUAUUAUUAUUAUCAUAAGAUGAUGAUGCAUGCUCUUGUUUUGCAUAUAUAUAUAUAUAUAUAUAACUUCUUGUAGAUUCCUGUUAGAGGUUGGGUGGUUAAUUUUCCUUGAUGAGAUGUUAUAUAUUAGCUUGUUAAAGAGCCCAAAAAAAAAAAGUUAAUUAUGUAAAUUGAAGUUGCCCUUCUAUUCUCUUUCUUUUG